AUGCAUCAGACCAGUGUGGAAGGAGUGGAUGAUAUGGCCAACUUAGGUGACCUCCAUGACGCUGCUAUCCUGCACAAUCUCCAUCUCAGAUUCACCAGUGACAAGAUAUAUGUAAGUUUCAAGUCUUCAUUGCAGAAGUUGCUUCAACCCACUCUGAAAACAAACAAACGCGCAACCAGAACUUGUGGAAACAAUCUUUGCCAUGGCAGCAAUAUCGAUGUAUAGAUUGUCACCAUAUUUUGCAACUCGCAUGAAAAAAUGUUUACAAACAGGUUGCUGUAUGCGGCUCGGGAUAUUUUCUUUCUUGAGUAUUUUAUGGAACAGGUUAAUGAACAAAUUGAGAUUUCCUUUCCUCUGUAGCAACUACAAAACCUUCUCUCAUCUUAACUUAAAAUUGAAACAGAGACUUUUUGUAGUGGAUGGAAGGUUUGAAAAUAGAGGAAUAUCACUUGGGUGUUAUUCUUGGAUAUUACCCAGUCUUCCUGCAGCUGGGGGAUAUUAGGUUACAUGCUAUGUCUAGACCGAUCGUGCAUGAGCAAAAAUAAUUGCCAGAUUAUAAUUGCUAUUAUUUGUAAUACACAUGCAUCCUUCUUUUCUUCACCCAAUGAUGUUUGAGUUUAGAUAUAAUUAAAUACACACUUUUUAAACAUCCUUUUCUUUUCAGACCUACAUUGGAUCAAUAUUGUGUGCAGUAAAUCCUUAUUAUGUAAUUGAAGGACUCUAUGAUAGAUCAGUAAUGGCAGAUUACAGAGAAAGGCAUAUUGGUGAGCUUCCACCCCAUGUGUUUGCUAUUGCAAAUGAAUGUUACUAUUCCAUGUGGAAAAAGGGAGAAAGUCAAUGCAUACUCAUAAGGUAUGAAAGAUACUUUUGUUGUUAUUUUAUUACAAAGUGAUUCAGUCUCUGUACUUACUAUAUGCAUAAGGUAAAGCUAUACUUUAUAUAGGCUUGUUUGUACCCAACACAUGUACCUGUGGCAUUGAUAUCAAGGAAUUUGUGUUCCAUUUACCCAGAAGUGAUUAACAUGUUACUUCUCCCUACAAUAUUCAGUCAUUAUCCAGCAAACAGUUAAUGAGAAGACUCAAACUGAUCAGGUGGAUUGUUAUCUUGAUGUACCACCAAAUGCUUGUGACUAAUUUAGAAGGAAAUGUGUAGCAUCUAGAGGGGAGAAUUAACAAUCAGAUCAUUGAGAAGUCCUCAGAUGCCCACAUGUAUAGUCUUCAUUUGUACAACAGUAUCAAUUGCAUAUGCCUUAUACUUGUAGUAUGUUUCUAAAAGAUAGCUCUGUAAAUGUCUCUGAAAUAUCAUCUUAUGUGGUUUUUUUCUUUUUCCUGUAUUUAUAGUGGUGAGUCUGGAGCAGGCAAGACAGAAUCCACAAAGUUUAUACUAAAAUAUUUAUCAGAUGUCAGCAGAGGAACUGGGGAAUUGGAAAAUAUCCCAAAUGUAGAUGAUGCCAUUCUGCAGAGCAGGUAAAAAUGAAUCAGUAACUUAGCAAUGCUGUUCCUUAUUACACUAUUACAAUAAUGGUGGUAUAGUGGCUCAAAUUAAGUUGUAGAUUUGUUUACAGUGCAUAGGAGUCUGCAUUUAAUGCUUGAGUAGUGAACAAGUAUGGAACUGAGCAGUGCAUUCAAAAUACAGUACAAAAAGUUAAUUUGGUGUAAUGAAUGGAGUUGAUAGCAUUAAGAGUUUUGAAGCUGACAUUUCAAGCAUUCACCAUUCUCUCUGAGGAAGGGCUAAUGCUUGAAACCUCAGCUUUGAAACUCUUAACUGUGGCCAACUUACAUUAUCAACUCAGUUGAUAAUACAAUUUACCUAAUUAUACUCUCCCAAUGAUGCAGCACCACAGUUUCUUCAGCAAUGCACAGUACUAUUCAUGAUACAGCACAGUUUAUUUCAUUAGUGGUCAUCAGAUAUGACACUUACUUUUGUGUGAGUAAAGAACUUAUUUAAACUUACCUUGUGGUUAGAUGGCUUAGCUGCUGGAAGCACAGUUAGUAACUGGGAAAGUCAGAUUUGAAUCUGUCAAAGCCUGAAAUUUUUCAAGUUUGUUUCUGUAAUUUCUCCCAUUGCAAUUUACUUGUGAAGAUCAUUAUUUUUUAACUUUACCCCCUUCACUCACAAGGCCUUAUUAGUAAUUCUCCUCGCUGUCUACCAUAUAAUUUUGAGAAUUUGGUUUUGGAUCGACAAACAAUCCCUUUAUUUAUAAAUUUUUUUUUCACCCUCAUCACUUGUCUGCUUGAUAUUGUAUUGGUAUUGUAAGGAGAAAUUCGGUAUUGGUCACUUGGAGGGUUUUCGUCAAUCUUGUAAUUUCUUGACAUGGUUUAUUCUUUACACAGUCCCAUCAUGGAAGCCUUUGGAAAUGCAAAAACUGUUUACAACAACAACUCAAGUAGAUUUGGAAAGUUCAUUCAACUGCAGUUCAAUGCCAAGGGUCAAAUGGACGGAGGAAAAAUUAAUGACUGUAUCCUUGUAAAGACUAAAGAGAUCUAGUAAAUAAAAUAAUUGAAACUGGAAAGGCUUAUCAUAGACAGCAUGAAUUUCCAUGAAUACACUAAUUGUAGAGCAGUCUAUAAGGGUGGUAAUGCAGUAACCUGUAACAGUGGUUAUGGCUUAACUCACAGGUUGACAUUGACAUCUGGGCACCUAUUACAUUGCUAUGGGUGAUAUCUCUUAUGUAAUGGCUGCUUUGAAACUUAGAGAUAGCCGUGCCCUAAGCAUAAUGCAUAUUCUUGUUCAAGACCUAACUGGGUGGGAAAGAGGUGGAUCCAAUUAAGGGUGCUGAUUAAGUUGUUGAGGUGUUGUGUAUAUGCAGGGAGGGAUGAGUAGGAAGGAGAGUUGUGACUAUUUUACUGGACAAGCAGUUCCAUAAAAGAGGAAGUAGUGCUAGGAUGAAUGAGUCAGGUAACCCAAUCAAGUAGUUCAGGAGGCUUUGGGAUGGUGUUGGUGAGGUUGGGGGGGGGGGUGUCAAGGAAAGUGAUGAUGCAGGUGGUGCUAGGAUAAUGUUUUGUUUCAGUGUAAGUGUUAAAUGAAGCAUCGUUUCAUUACAACCUUGACACACACCUAUAAUAUAAAUAACAGUCCUUUUGGAGAAGGUAAGUUUUAAUUGAGAUCUUCCUUUUACAAGUUACUUACUCUUUAGGUAAUCUUGUUGGAAUAAACUCUCAAUAAUCAAAGUACAAACUUACUCAUUUUUAAUAAAUUACUAAAGGAAGAAAGUUAUGACUUUCCAGGAGCUUACUCUCCUGGGACCAGAACAGUUGUGUGUGCUCUGAAUUAAGUUCUUACUUUUAUUUAUUUUUAGAUCAAAAACUUAAAAGAUCAUCUUGUUUUUGCUAUCUCUCCUUUAGAAUCGUGUAGUCAGACAAAAUCCAGGUGAAAGAAAUUACCACAUAUUUUAUGCCCUUCUGGCUGGGGCAUCUGAUGAACAAAAAAGUGAGUACUUGUGAGUCACAUGAGUCAAUUGCUUUGACAUCUUAAGGCUCUCAUUAUUGGCACAGGGAAGAAUAAUUAUUUAAAUGUACGUUGUAUGGUUUGAGGGUAGAGGUGUACAUGGAGAAUGAUGCAUGUUAAAAAGGGUGCAGUCAGUGGGUCACUGCCCUUUCAAGCACGUGCCUGUAAGAACUCAUAACUGUUUAGGCCAUUGUAUAUUCUUCUUGCAUGGCAUGCCUCUCACUGUGACUCAGUCCUCCUGCUAGGAGUUUCAAUGGGUGCUAGGAGACUACCAAUAAAAACUGUAAUGGACAAGUGCAAUACUUACAGCUGCUCCCUUUAUAGCUUCGAUAGUAUCAGUAUCAAGUACUAGGCCUUUAUUUUUGCCUACUCUUCCAUCUUGCUUUGUUUGCAGUUAAGUGUAACUUUUGCCGUACCCUGUUUGAGAGAGCAGUAGCCAUAUCUGUCUUUCCCUUGGUGUGUUUGAUGUACGUGUAUAUUUAUCCGUGAAAUGAUUGUAGAUUUUUAGAUGUAACUGUAUGGGACUACCUGUUUCCUCAUCCUUAGUUAUGAUUUGUUUUAGGUACAUUGCUUCUUAAUUCUCCGGAGAAGUAUUACUACCUGAAACAGAGUGGUUGCUAUGGAGAUCCAUCGAUUAAUGACAAGGACGAUUUCAACAAUGUCAUGGUAAGGCAAUGAAGAGUGCGAUAUUUUGGAUGAAUUUGUCUUUAAUGUAAAUCUCCCUGAUUACACUGAGUGAUGACUUACAAUGCUCAAGAAUUGUCGAUAUACAUCACCGCUUAAAAGUAAGUUGAUAAUCUUGACUAGAAACUUGAUUCUCGAUACUAGAAACUAUCGAGAAUCAAGGAUCGAGACGCACGUAGAACUGUUAGAGGAUCUCGAUUCCUAGUUUCAAGAAAACGAUUUAAUUCUCUUACGUAAAACAAUAGUGAAGAACAUUCAUCACACAUAAUCUGAAAACAAGAGACUGUUAAUUUAGAGGGUAUUUUAAAGGUAGUUUUGUAACAGAAGAAGCUAUACUUCACUAGAUCAUAAAUGGAUUGGAAAUAAAUCUUUGUUGCCCACUUUUCUAACAUUUCUACUCCAAACUUCAUCAGAAUGCUAUGAAAGUGAUGUGCUUCACGGAAGAGGAGAUCUCUGAUGUCCUACAAGUCAUUGCUGGAGUCCUACAGCUUGGGAAUGUCCAUUUUCUGGCUGCGGGCGGCGCACAAGUUUCCGAGAAAAGUGGUAUGUAUCGAUAGUGGUUUUAUAGUUCCUCAUACUUUCUGCUAACUUUCGACUGAAAUAAGAAAAGAAAGAAAAUUAAAGUGCAGCCGUACUUCGUGAUACAAACGCAUUACUGUAUGCUAAGCUUAAGCGUUACGCGCGCUAGCGCACCUCCAUAACUAAGUGACUAUGUUCACCUUCCAAACCGAGAAAAUUUGAUCGUGUCAUUGCCGUUGAAUUGAAUGUUGAGAACAAAAGAAAAAGUUCAUAACGUGGAGAGUUUUACGGCCACCGGCUCAGUAUUUGUAGGAGCCCUGUUCGUUAUGGUAUAACUGACUGAUAAGACGUGCGCCUGGAGCGAAAUGAAUUUAUUUUGUUGAAAAGGGAAGUAAGGGAAGGUCUGCAAAUUUCGAGAAGGACAUGGCCUAUUAAGUGAAGAGUCUUUUUCGCGGUUUGAGCAGUUAUUUAUCCUCGACAACUUGAACGUAAUUAUAUUUUCUUAAACAGUCUUAGAAAAUGUGGCAAACCUUCUUCGUGUGGAUAUCUACGAGUUAACGGAUGCUUUGACGCAGAAAUCAAUGAUCCUCCGAGGCGAAGAAAUCCAGUCACCGCUCUCUGUUGAACAGGUGGGUCAACUGGGCGAUGUGUACAUAAUAUAUAUAUAUAUAUAUAUAUAUAUAUAUAUAUAUAUAUAUUUAUAUAUAUAUAUAUAUAUAGCAAGGCAAUCGGCUGCCACUGUAUCUUUCUUGGCAACAGUUGGCGAACUUUCACGGAAACUUUACGAAUUGUAGAGAUUAGUAUUCUAUGCAAGAAGUAGUAGUAGCAGUUGAAAAUGUGAGCAGUACUCUUGGACUCUUAGUUACUUCCAUGCCACAGAAAUCAGGAUUAGUUGUGGAAGUGAUGAGUCAUUAGUAUCGCAAGACCUACUCCCAAUGCUUCGCCGGAAAAGAGGAAAAAGCAAAAGAGUGGGCUCAUCCAUGAUGUUAAAAGCCCUGCGUCUUGGGUGCAGUUGCACGUGACAAAUCAGAGAGACAGAGAGAGGGUCAAUUUGGUGAGCAGUCAUUUUGUACUAACUUUAACUUUACUUUGAUGCACAGGCAUUGGACUCUCGAGAUUCAAUGGCAAUGAACCUCUACGCUUGCACAUUUAAAUGGCUCAUCAACAAGAUAAACCAAAGGAUCAAAGGGUCUGAUCUCUUCUCUUCCAUCGGUGUUCUAGAUAUCUUUGGAUUUGAGAACUUUGAUGUAAGUUUUUAAAUUUAUAUAUUUAUAUUUUCAUUUUCAUUGGAUUCUUGUGUAUCGAUCUUUCUACAAGAACGAACCUCUACCAGAAGUUGUCUUCUCUUAGAGUCUCUAUAUUAUUAAGUCACCACAACUAGGAACAUGUUUUUGUCCAAUCACCAGGUUAACAGGUUUGAGCAGUUCAAUAUCAACUACGCCAAUGAAAAGCUUCAACAGUACUUCAACAAGCACAUCUUUUCUCUGGAACAGCAUGAGUACAACAGGUAUUUAAUCAACGUGUUGUUGAACAGGUGUUUGUUUUGUUGUAGUUGCUGUUAUUUUUAACAUUCUUGUGCAUUUUACCAAACUCGAACAAGGAAAUUCAAACCCAGUGAAUGAUUUCACAUCGUUGUUUGGUGUGGGGUUUAUGCAGAUCAGUUUCAAUGGUGUCCACGACGAAUAACGGUCGCUAUGUCAUUAGUGUAGGGUAUUCACUGAAGUUAAAAACUUUUAGUUCGUGAUUUAGCGGACGUUGAAUUGGCAAUACGCCUCGAACACUGCGAAGUGAAAGCUGGGAUCUUGAAGUUUAUUAUUUUUUCGUUUUGCCUUUAACAAUGCUCGUUAGCGAGUCAAAUCGCCACCGGUGGCGAUUUGACUCCCCGUGGUGGCGAGUUUGGUUGUGGCGAGUUGACGGGCUACCAUGCGUAGAUAAUCCAAAUUUGUUAAUUCAAUCCUUAGGGAGGGGCUGGAGUGGGCAGAUAUUGACUGGGUGGAUAAUGGGGAGUGCCUGGACCUCAUUGAAAAGGUAAGUUUUACUUGCAUGUCUCCAUGUUUGGAGCCUUGACUUCAACGAUGUCGCCUCUAUCCGAGUUUUUAAUCAAACAGAAGAACCAUGUAGAUUCUACUAAGUCUGCAAAGUUUCACAUGAACCAAUAAGACCCCAACCUGCCAAUUGGUACUAAGAAAUGAACUUCCCUCGAGCAAACAUUUCUUUGCGGCAAUUUGCAAUUUUGAAAUUGCACGAGUUUGUAACGGAUUCCAAUGAAAGUUUGCUGAUGAGCCAAAAGCGUCUCAAUGAAUUGCUCUAUACCGUGUACAAUGUGUUUUGUGUGUGUGUGUUUUGCACUUGUUUUGUCUUGCCUUUUCACUUAAUGAGGGUAAGAACCAUCACUUAAUACUGAGUGAAAUAUGUUUUAAUGCAUUAAUACAAAUUUUCGCAUUCCUCCUCAACGCUCCUCAGAAACUUGGUGUGCUGGCUCUGAUUGAUGAAGAAAGUAACUUUCCUAAAGGAACCGACGGAUCCAUGUUAGACAAACUUCAUUCAAGUCACGAGGUUUGAUUUUUUUAGCAAUCAUAAUCAGCUUGCUUCACUUGCUAAAAAGUAAUGCCGUACAUGGUCACAUGAUGCUAUAAUACAAGUUAUACUUGACUUCUCUGUUUUGAACCUGAGAGACAGAGUAGAUUAAAAAUUAUGACUAAUAAAACGAUGCGAAUAUAGUUUUGGACUUGAAAAUACUUUCUUUAACAGGGAAACACCUUUUACGUGAAACCACGGGUGGCAAACACAAAGUUUGGAAUCAAGCAUUAUGCUGGAGAGGUACAACUGUAGAUCGUUUGAACCACCUUUCACUGAAUUUUUGAACUGGUAGAAUAUUUUUUUAUUCUUUAACCGCCAAUGUCUGACUUUCUAGGUAUUUUAUAGCACCAAAGGUUUUCUGGAAAAGAACAGGUACAGUUCCAUGAUUUUGUAAAAAUGAAUUUAGAGAUUGUUCUCAUGUAAUUCUCUCACAUCAGUGGAACUAUUCGAUAUCUUUGCUGCUAUUAUCAGCUUCGGUUAUACCAAGCUAUUUAAGCCACGACAGAUUUUAUUUGUUGGUCGUUAACUGUAAAUCUUGCGUUGAAAUUUCUCUGGAGGUACACAGGCUGAAACCUGAAUCAAUCUGAGAACAGUCGGCACAAUGAACCAAAUAGUACACACUCUGAUUGGUCGUUGUCUUUGACCUAUCAGAGUACAGACGGACGACUGACGUCAUACGAGAAUUUCGACUUUUGCUUUGUCCGAAGUGACGCUUAGGUUUGAAAAGGUUUGAGAGAUUUGGAAAAAAGAUAGGAAAAAAGCUUCAAAAAUUAACCUGGAGAUGUGAUUGGAUAAGUAUUUGAACUAAAAUGCGGUAUGUGUUUCUUAGGGAUGCUUUUCGAGACGAGAUCCUCAAUGUUCUAAUGCAGAGCAGGUAAGUUGUUGGACAUUUAGGCGAGGAGCCAAUCAUUAACUUGAAAGAACGGGGCUCGUUAGCCUCAAGAGUUUUUUCAUUCAACGCCCACAGUGUAGGAAGGUCCUUAAAUCACCUAAGUAAAUGCUCGUCCCAGGUUCCCUUAAAAGUUAAAUACUCCAUUCGUGCCCUUUUCGUCCACAAACUACUCGCGGCAUAAUUGAAUGCGAUUGUUUUAGAUUAUAUGAAAAGUCACCCUUGACUGUAAUUAUAUCUCGGAUUGGUUCUAAGAUUUUUAAGUUAUUAGAGUUCCAAAAUUUGCGGAUGCUUACCAAGAUUUUGUUUUUUAGAGUGGAAUUAUUUCAGCGAUAUAUAUCGAGUGCGAGUGUAAGGUCGAUGGGGCCGCAAAAUUUCACGCAAUCGUUUAUAUGUAAAUUACUAUCCUUUCUUGGGGCAGCUCUGGAUAUCAUAUACUGAUGUCGAUUAGUGUUCAAGCUUUGAUACUGAUCAAACUCAUGAAUUCUUUUUAGGUCGGACUUUAUUUACGAUCUCGUUGAACAACUGAAACCCUCUGUACCGACGGCAGGAACCAAGAAGUCCUCAAGGAAGAGACCAACUGUUAGCUCACAGUUCAAGGUCUGUCUGGCGAUAUUUAGUUAAAUAACAACAUUUCCUGCACUCUCUUGUUCUCUUCUAUUUAGCCUGGUGGUGUUGUGCGCGCUUGGCUGUUGAAGUCUCACAUCGUGGACAAAAGUAAAGGGAUUGGGAAAUUCUCUCACCCUUAGUUACAAAGACACUUGCGUAUUUGAGUCUAGUUGAUUUUUCACCUUGGCGUUUGCUCAUUUCGCGUCUCGUUGUAUCUGCAAAAUCAACGUGAUAUUACUGCCAUAAACUUGCUACAAACGUUGCCGGCGAGCUCAUCUGAAGUGAUGAUUCUGUUGGUGUCCUCUCACAAAGGCCUCUAAACUCCGACAAAUUCCCAUUUAAAGUUAUAAUUUACCAGUUGAUUAACUUGUUGUUGUUUUUCUCGUUUUUAGACAUCCUUAGCAUCACUUAUGACCACACUGAGCCAGUCGCAUCCCUAUUUUGUACGUUGUGUCAAACCGAAUGAAAAGAAGGUACGUUAAAUCUGUCUGGCUGUGGCGAUUCAGGAUGGAUUGAUGGAUGGACUUCAUGCCACUGACUCGUAAUACAACUGUAACGUACCACAUCAUAAUAUUUAAGGGCCAUUGUUUCCACAGGUGAAAUUACAUGCCAGGUUUACAUUUAUAUUUACAGCUGCCACAGUUCUUUAACCCCAAGCUUGUUCUCAAUCAAUUGAGGUAUUCAGGAAUGCUGGAGACUGUUCGGAUUCGUCGGGCUGGGUAUCCUGUGAGACGAACCUAUGAGGACUUCUUAUUCAGGUACAAAGUUAUCGUCAAAGUUAUUGCACUCAGGGAAGGAUGUCUUUAUUGGCCCCUAUCAAAGAGGUGGUUUCUGUGUUAUGUCAUACCGCGUUACAUGACGUCGUGUCUUAACUUGUCACAUGUCAUGUCAGUUCACGUAGGGUCACGCAAUGUCACUCAGAAAUUUUUACUCAGAAAUUUAUCUUGUAUUCGUUGUGUCUAGAUACAAAGUGCUUUUCCGUGGGAAGAAUUUGUCUGGGGAUAAAAGUGAUUGCUCCAUGCUCCUUCAAGAGUUUGACACCGAGAAACAGUCCUUUAAACUUGGGAAUACCAAGGUGAAGAAGCUGAUAAUUUCAUUGUUGAGGAAUUGAUUUAUUUGAUGUGGGGUAAAGGCUAAAAUUUCAAGAUAAUUGGUUCACAAGGAUUUUUAUUGUAAAAUGCAAAUAACCCUAAGCUAACAUUUUAAAUUUGAUUAAAAACUUCACUUAAAUUGCUUUUAGCGACUAUUCGUCCAAAACAGCUGCUUUGGACUGUUUUUAGUGCAUUAAACUCUCGGUUAUGAAAGGAAAUAGUAUUAGUUAAGCGAUAAUUUACAGUGCAGCUGUUCGGGGACAAAGACUAUCGUUUCCAUUCAGAACUAAAAACAUUUUGGGGAAUUUCACAUCUUCCGGUCAACGCCCUGAUUGAUUUGUAUUUUAAGUACCUGUUUUGCUGACUUUGGGCUCUCGUCUAACAGGUUUUUAUGAAAGACAACUUGGAAUACACGAUAGAGCGGAUGAGAAAUGAGCAGUUGGAAGCUGUUGCAAUGCUUAUCAAACGAAGAAUCAUUGGUUACCUUCAACGGAAGAAAUAUCUUAAGAUUCGCCAACACAUAAUUUUGAUUCAAAAGAACUACAAGGUAUUCUAGAUUUAGCCGAAGCAUACAAAGAAUUCAUAUGCUUCUGGUUACAGAUAAAUACUCAUCUCAAGUCUCUGUUCCAUGAAUCUGUAGCCUUGUUGGAUGGUAUAAGUGAAGAAAUUUAUAUCUUAGGGGAAUUAAGUAGCUGCUUCGCUUAAACCGUCUAGUCCUCGGAUUCAUUUACAUCAACUAGGAAUCCCUAACCUUGUAUAAUAUAGUUUGCUGUUACUACUUGAUUAGAAUCUCUUCUUGUCUCCUUUUGGAACAUUCACUUUUAAGGAUAAUUUGUUUCCAAGAUCAUUUCACAUAAAACGAAACUUGUCUUGGAAAUCUUUUCCUAAGUCAUUGAAAUUUUAAACCUGGAACACCGUGGGACGAAAAUUAGUUCCUCAGUUCCAAUUACGGGCAUCAGUGCUCCACUAUGCAUGCUAAAGAGGACUUGUGAGAAAGCUUUUGUUGGUUAUAUACUAGCUUCACAUUAAUUUUGAGUAGCGUCCAGUCUAUGGUUAGCAUCAAGAUGGGCAAGGUUGUCUUGUGUGUAAGAAAAUACCUACUUCUUAAGAAAAUGUGGUAUUCGUUUUCUCUCUAGGCCCAUUACUAUCGCAAACUUUACCACAAGAAGCGGUUGGCGGCUAUUGUCAUUCAAAAGGUAAGACACUGUGUAGAAUUCUAAUGAAUCCAGAACCUCUGCUUUUAUUAUUCGCCGUUCGCAAAUUUUGAACCUGAACACGUACGACGUGGAUAUAGAGAUCGUAAUUGCUUUUCAGUAUGAAAGACGGCGUACGGCUCAAGCACUUCUCAAAAGACUCCUCGAGGAGAAAAGAAUCGAAGAGGAACGGAAACGAGAGGAAGAAAGAAAAAGAGAAGAGGAAAGAAGGAGGUUUGUAUCGCUUCUUCUCAGCUUUUUUUAAUGGUAAAUACUUCACCAACUUUUUAGACGUAUUCUGCGACGAACAAAAUCUAAUUCUCUAAAAUUUGUUCUUCAAUGGGCAAGAACUAUUGUCGUGAGCUAUAAGUCACGUAAAUGGAAUGGACUUGAUUACUUCUGUUAAGAUGCAAUCGUUACGAUCUUUUUCUGCGCAGAGAAAUGGAAAGACUCGAACAGGAGAGAAAGAUUCAGGAACUCGAGGAACUCCGUCGAAAGGUAAAGUGGAGUAACGUUUAGAUUUGAAAAGUACAACAACACAUUCAGCUGAGGUACAUGUCUCAAAUAAUUGUUGUUCAUUUGUAAGAUUAACUCAUCGUGGCCAACAAAAGUUGCAUUUUUUCUUUGCCCAUAAACGUUUUUAUUUUGAAAAAUUAUUUUUGAAUGAAUCGUUAAAAGCGUGGAAUGUCAUCCGAAUCACGCAUCAAGGUCGCAUCAAGGUCGCGAGAAUAAGAGAAAUGAUUAGCAACUAAAGGACCUCUCGAUUGUUAAACAUAUUCUCCUGACCCUCACAUUAGAAAAUGUAUAGAGAACAGUAUGGAGAAUGUGCAUACUGAUGUUAGAUUGUAGAUCGUUAAAACGCAAAUCUGUCGUCCUUUCCAAUAGGCCGAAGAAGAAGCCAGGCUUAGGAGGGAGGAGGAAGAGGAAAGACUUCGAAAAGAAGAAGAACAGAGACAAGCGGUGUUGGCAAAAGCAAGAGAGAUUGAAGAGGCGAGGAGACUGGAAGAAGAGGCCAGGAGGAAGGCAGAGGAAGAAGCUCGCCGAAAGGUAAAUGAUUUUUUGUUGUUUCCUGUUCCUUGGUGCAUUUUGAUCUCAAAGAUGUAGCUGUAUCUUCCUGAAAAGAUAGUGCAAUUCAAUUUUAAAGUUUUCUGAUAUGCUGCAUUAUUUUGUUUUGUUCGGCAUUAGGGAAGCGAAUUAUUUAAACGAAAAUACGAUUAACUUAAGGGCGUAAUGUUAGAGCGAAUAAUGUUUAGAUGAUCAACUUUGUAUUUUUCCGUCGCAGGAAUGCAUUUAGAAAUUGUCACAUCGAGUGAAAUACGAAUGCCCACAGCGAUAGCAUUCGUGUGAAAGAGUACACGCAUAGAAAUGCUCACAGUGAUUGCAUUCAUGUGAAAGAGUACACGCAAAUGUGUGUUGUGAAUGAAAAGAGACUGUUGGACGUAUUAAAAUACACGCAGUUGCGUAUAAACCGCUGCACGCGUGUAAUUUUCCUACUGCACGCGCGUUUAGUUACCACGCGCUCCAAGGUGCGUGUGAUUCUCACAUGUAACACGCUUUUGACGCGCGUGUGGGGUGCUGUAGUACACGUGAGUGGUACUGUAUGUACCCAUGUUUUCAUCAUGGCUCAUACGCGACAAAAAUAAGUUGUCACGUGAGCCACUGUGGAGGGAAGAGUGGUCAGAUUAACUAACGUGCGUUUGUUUUUCGUGUCAGGAAGAAGAGGAGAAAAGACUUCGUGAAGAAGAGGAAGCCAGGUAAUUAUGUGUUGUUUGUGAAAUACGUGUAGUACGAGUAUGAACUACGUUUGUAGUCAAAAUGGUUCGUGUAAUAGUUCAUUAUUCUAUGGUAAUUACAACAGAAUACACGUGAUUAGCGAGAGGUUAGUUGAAAACGUAUACUUUUUUAAUUGAACUAGUUGUGACAUAAGUGUAAAUAAAUAUUCAACUCGUUAUCUGUUUAUAGUGUUUAAUCUGACUCAUACGAUCUUAUUUUUUAAAACAAAAACAAUUAUUAUAAUAUUUGAUAAAAGGAGACUAAACGAAACGAAAUACUACUUACGAGAUUUGUAAGUCUAAGAGAAAACGGGAUCCGCGAAACGCAAAACUUUAUUCUCUCACAAGCACAUGAUCUAAGUCAUACUAUGCAUAUCUAACCCGGUGUCGCGCGGUUAGGGCAAAACUAAAUAACACGUAUUGCAAUCAACAAUAAGGGUGGUAUGGUGUGAGUUAUUGCCAGGAAAUGUGUCGAUUUUUUCUAAGGGUUGUAAAGUUAUUUCUACGUUUUGAGGUCGUAACCAAGGACAAGGGGCAGUCAGGUUGAAAAAGACCCUCUAGUCGUUGACAACAAAGGGAUCGCAUUUGAUAAAAAUGGGUUGGCAUGCUCAAAGUUUUUGUGUGGUUACUCGAAAAUUCACACCGUGUUGUUCGUCGAUUUUGUGCUAACAGAAAGAAAGCAGAAGAAGAGGAGACACUUCGUAAAGAAGCUGAGGCUGAGGCGGCAGCUCAGAUUGCUGAGUUAGACAGACAGCUGAAGGUAAUACUGUAGGCGUUUUUAAGUGAGAUGAAAGGCCUAAUUGGAGGGGGGGGGGGGGGGGGGGGGUGCUAGUCACAAUUUGUAAUUAAAAAGGUGGAAAACCACCACCAACUACGAAAACGCGGGUGCGGGAGUCGCUACCUCACCUUCAUCUUGUUGUUGAGGAACCCUUCAUUCUCACCCCCUCUCUCCUCUUGUCACUCGUUUUUCGUGCUUUGGAAAGUGCAUUGGUCUUGUUGCUGUGUGCGCUGUACUGUAUAUCUAGUGGACUGGUUGUGAACCCUCUCCUUGGUCAUUGCGUGGUAUUCUCGGUUAGAAACUUUAGCUGUUACCCAGACUACCCCGCGCGGAGAAACCAGGAAAUGUUUGAAGCAGGGGCGCUGGAUUAGGGCGAUGUUUGUUUUGCUUGUUUGUUUCUUUGUUUAUUUGCUUAAAAUGAAAAUUUAUCUCACUUUACAGCUGGAGGAUAGCGAUGAAGAAGAUGAAGAUUCAGAGGAGGCCUGGGAAAGACCACCCAGUUUGUACGAGACUCAGGAUCUGCCAAUAAGAGAGGGUUACCUCAUGAUGAGAGGUCAGUAGGUCAGAGGUCAGAAGUAAUAUUAUUGGUGGCAAAGGCCGGGUCAAGUCUGUUCAUUAGCGAAUAAGUCAUCUGGAUGUGAUCGAAAAAUAAUGUAAAAAUGGAUGUACUUAUCAGUGGGCGGGUGUUACAUACUUUGAAUUCACGAAAUUCUUUAUGUUAAUUUUUAAGAAAAUGCAUAACAUUACAGGGGAAAUUACUUAAGAGAUCAAUAAAUUAAAAAUCUUCCAGGUGGUUUACUGAGUUUGUGGAAGAAGCACUGGUGCGUACUGAGAGACGACACUUUCAUGUGGUUCAGAGGAAAGCAGGUUUGACUAUUGAAAAGUCACGUGGCCGUUAUCUGUGAAGCUUUGUUGUGAUUAAUUUAGUAUUGUAAACCGAGUGAUAUCAUAAAUUGGCCACCGUAAAGAGUUUCAAAGGUGACGUUUUGAGCGUUAGCCCUUCGUCAGAGCAAAUGUUAUUUUUUCUUGUCUUUAUAACUGCGUUUGUUAAGGGCGAUUGAAUACCUUAAGUGGGCUUUUAAUUCACAGAAUCUUGGUUCUUUAUCACUGAAAUUUUGCUAGUAUCUGCAAUAUUUGACCCUUUUUUUUCAAUUGUUCAUUAAAGGAUGCUCUGAAAUGUGGCUGGUUAAUGAAGAAAGGUGGCGGAACAACGACAUUAUCAAGGUAUAAGAAAAGGGAGUCCCUUUGUAAUUCAAUCGUAGCGCAAAAAAACAAGCAAAGGAACAAACGAACAGGUACAAAGAAAAAACAAACGGGAAAAAGAAAGGAGUGGUGAUUACGAUACCUUGCUUCACUCAGGAGUACCCCUGCAACCGGAGAUAAUUCUGGGGAAGGGAGGGUGCAAAGUAAGUCGUCGGGGGAGUGGGGACGAUGCGCCAAGGUGACCCCCAUCUGGCGUCCUAACCGAUAGUAGACGAUAUAGGGUGGGAUAAGGGGAAUAAAGUACAAUUUAAUUUGAUAAUCAAAUCACUAAUCAUAGUUAAGAAGCCAUUUACCCGAUUUCUUAAUUCCUUUAGGCGCAAUUGGAAACGCCGAUGGUUUGUGCUGAAGGACAAUGUUCUGACUUAUCACGAGAGUGACCAGGAAGGAUCCAAAAGCCUGGGAACUAUUGACAUCAGAAAUGCAGUGUAUGUAGACAUGUUUUCAGGAUCAUACCUAGACCUUUCCGUUGCGUAGGCGAAGAAGAGCAUUUUUGGAAAUCUAGGUGCAGGCCAUUUCUAUACCUUGAACAUGCGCAACUUACAUAGAAGCGAUACUUUUGUUUUGAACUGUAACCUGUAGGAGUAUGACACAAUAUGCACUUCUUUAAUCGCCCAGAAUCGCUCCUAAUUUAUCUAUGUUAUACAUGUAUUUUCGUUUUUACUUUCGAGGACGCAAUUUUUCCCUUUGCAGUUGGUUCAAAUGGAAAUGUAAUUUUCAUGUGCACGACGCCACUUAAAUGUGCGCCAUUUUCAUUUUGCACGACGAUGGGUAUGUUAGUCUAGAUACAAGAAUGGCGUCGGCAUAUCGAAAAAAAAGACGAGAUUUCAAUGCCCAUCGUGAAUGUUCUAACGUUAAGAGGCAAAACACAGGUGUUGAGGUUUCAAUUUUAGGUUCAACACAAAAAAGUUUGAAAAACAUUUGAAUGUGUGAAGCUAUGCAAAUUUGGAAAGUUUCUGGAAUUACAAGCAUGUUUGUAAGCAACACACGACGAGAUUCAUGUACUACCAUUUUAACAUACAGACGCAUUGUGGACGAUGGAGUGAAAGAAAAUGGCUUCAGUAUUAUUACGGAGAAUAGGACAUAUCACGUGAUUGCAGAGAGCACCAAUGACUGGAAGUAACUUGAGUUUGAGCUCGUUUCUCUGUUGACUUCUUGUAUAGCCAUAGUGUUUUAAAAAGCUUAAUAUCAAAUUGUGUAAUAUAACUGUGUUAUCAGUCGACUGUUAUCAUCAUCCACAGUUAUUUGCCUUUUUUUUCUUUAAUCAAAAACGAUAUGUAAACUUACACGUUCAUAAUUAUAAGGCGAUGAGACCUCAAGAAACCGUCGGGCUUAUGGUAGAGACCACCUUACUCUAAAAAAUAAUUUUUUUUAAAAAAGAAGUUCUGCGAAUGUAUGGCUUGGCAAAUUCAGGGACUAUUUCAGAAAACUUUCGCAUUUCCGUUGUAAAGCUACAGAAAGCUACAGAAAGACAACCAAAAAAAAACCAUGCUCAAUGUUAGCAUUUGUACUAACUGUACUUUUAUUUGUUGUAUUUCUUUUUUUGUAGCCAGUGGUUCAACGUUUUAAAUCGUGUACAUAGGGCUACCGAAGAAGAACUGAAAGGAAUGAGAGAAGAGUCAGCUAAUGUCAAACAUGCAGUGGUAAGGCUUUUUAUUUCCUGUGCUUUCUUCGUGCGUAUUUCUAUUUCCACAGUGUAAAAGUAUCUUAUAAAGUAUCUUAUGGUUAUUUGGUGUUAUUUGUUACAUACUAUUGCUGUCUUCUAAUUUGUUAUUCUUUCACUAAUAAUCGUUGAUAAAUUCAGUCUGAAAUGCAUUUACGACACACUUAAACCUUUAUUUUCUCUGGCUAAGGGUUAUUUAACCUGUUGCAGGUGUGUAGUAAGUACAACGAGGCACGAUAAUAAACGACAAGAUAGUAUCGGAGGAUAUUCAACCGAGAGAGACUGAUUCGGGUCGUGUAACUCUAUCCAAACUUCUUCCGCAUUUUCCCUCCGCCGCCUCUAUCGCGCUGUUUAUUAUUUAGCUCUCUUUUAUUAACUGAAUGCCUGGAAUAGGCUAAUCAUUGUUUAAAAAAAUCUAUUUAAAGAAAUAAUAAUAAUAAAACGCGAACAACGGCAAUUUUCAUCAAAAGGUAAUUGUCUGUACAUAUAGGCGCUGUUGGCUGAAGAUAAAACGUAAAUCGUCUUAAUGACUGUGGAUAUAUGAAAUUUUAUAUGUGAACCGCGGAUAAAGACGUCAGUAUGAAAGCGAUCUUCGCUGUAAUGAACGCUACUCGAACCGUAGUGAAAACAAGGCCUGGAAAAAAUUCAGGUCUGUGCGGGAUUUGAACCCAUGACCUCUGCGAUACCGGUGCAGUGCUCUACCAACUGAGCUAACAAGCCAACUUGAUGAUAGUCAUUAUGUUGGUUUUAUAUUAACUCGUGAAGUGGUGAAUUAAUUCAUCACUUCACGGGUUCAUUUUAAUUUUAAAUUUUUUCAGGCCUUGUUUUCACUACUGCUCGAGUAGUGUUCAUUACUGCGAAGAUUACUUUCUUAAUCACGUAAAUCGUAUUCUUGUUUAAAAUCUCUGUCCAAAGUUUGAUGGAAAGUCUUGACAGACUGGGUUAGAAGCCUUGAUUUCAUUUCUUAUUUCAAGGGCACUAUUGAUAUAGCCAUGAUAGAGUCCUGUACACCUGGUGGAGUCGCCAACAAGUAAGUCCACAAUUUAUAAUGCAGGAUAAUUUGCACCAGAGCUAUGUUACAUGUAUCUUGGCUCUUUGGUGCACCUGUUCAAAAUGUCAUGGCCAACAGUUCAAAGUUUAUCGUGACCCCCUCUCCCCUCCCCUCCCCUCCCCUUUUUUACUACGAUUAAGAGUCGUAUUAGUACUUAUCAGUACUAUGAAACAAAGCUGAUAAAAAUUGCUAUGGUAAUUGAUUCUAGCACUAGUGUGAGAACACUAUGGUUGCUUAUUCUUAAGGUCCUUGGAAUUAUUUUCCCAAGGAAAACUUUUACAUUUUGCUCGUCAAUUGAAGCCUUGUUCCGGUAAGGACUUCGCUCCAUUACCGAUAUUGCCUUUUUGUCUGAAAUGUUCGCCUUCGUGGUCUUCAAAUGUGUUCGUUUGUCAAUUCAUGACCGAAUCCGUUUUGUUUCAGAGCCAAUUCGUUCACUCUCAUCACCGCGAAUCGUGUGAUGAACUUUAUCACAGAUUCUCCCGAGGAGGUCAGUGGAUGGGUGGAAGGUAUGUGGCUGCAAUCACACAAAUAAUAAUAAUAAGUAACAUUAUAAUAAGUGACAAUGCUCCUGUCGUGGAGAUCAUGAGCGAGUCACAAGCGAAUUAGCAGUAAAAAAAAAAUUGGAAGAAAAAUGUCUUGAAUGAUGUCCUUCAUAAAAGAUGUGGGUAAAGGCCAAUAAUCUUGAGCUUAUCUGCCAAGCCAGUCCAUAGGAUGGUUACAGCAACUGAGAAAGCUUUAACGCCAUAGGUGGUAUUUCUCAUGAGUUUAACCCUUCACACCCUAACAUCAGUAUUCAUAUUCUCCAUACUGUUCUUUGUACAUUUACUAAGGUGCUGACAAGGAGAAUUUGUUUAACAAUCAAGAGUUUCUUUAGUUGGUGAUCAUUUCUUUUAUUUUCAUGACAUCAGUGUGCGACUCAGUGGUGAUAUUGUAAGGAGAAAUUAGAUGCUAGUCACGCUUAGGGGUGAAAGGGUUAAUUAAUAGUUUUUUUCCUUUGUUUUGCUUGUACGAUACUUUUCGGAAAACGUUCUAGUGUUCUUCCUUAUUGAAGUAAUUUUCAGCAACUUGUAAAUGGUCGUAGCUCAACAUGCUUACCCAUUUCGUGUGACUCCUUUUAUCAUAGCUAUACAACAGUGUAAGGAGCACGAAAUCGACGAAGGUGUGGCUGAUACGAUUGAGAGAGGCUGGCUCAUUAAAGAGGGCGCUAAUGACGAUUCGAGACGAAAGAGGUUGGUGGAUAAACUGUGAAUUUAAUGUCUUGCCUCUAACAAGGAGGUUGACUAGGACACCUGUUAAGGGCUAGAUUUCCCGGCGCAGAGACCUUGAUAAGGAAACUUGUCAGAAAAAUGUUGUAAAUGGUUUAACAGUGUUCUCCUUUAUUUUAAGCACGACAGGUAAAAUAAGUCUUCAAACUGGUAGAGCAAUCCUUUUACCUGUUAAAUUUUCAAUACCGAGCGAUUUUAGGCGGCAAUAAGAGGUACUGUUGGCGGUGAAUAUUACCGGUUACCAGUUGAAAAGAUGAAGACUGGUCAAAGGUUUAUUCUACUUUCAAAAGUUUGCUCUGGCUAGUAUUUUCUGCGACAAGCUAAGUUUCCUCGCUGUAAUCUGUUGCAAUAAAUUUUCGUUUGGUUAGUGCAGCAGUCAAUGGAAACUUGAUGGUGUAAAUACCACCUCACUGAAAUUGGCGUGUGUGUUUUUCAGGUGGUGCGUUCUGACAGGAAAUUCACUUGAUUACUACAAAUCAUAUGUGAAAAACAGCCCCAAGUUUGGAUCUAUUGUCUUGAACAGUCUUUGCUCUGUUGUAUCGCCAGAGGAACGUGAACCAGGUGAGAUACCCAUGGGUAUAUUAAGAAAUGGAUGAAGUAGCAAAAAUUAAAAAAGAAAUGGCAAAAUCUACUUUACGUGUUAUAUUUUUGAUGUAUUCGCCUUAAUGCCCAAUUUUGUCCUCUGAUAGCAGCUGGAAUUGAGUUGCCUGCGUAGCUGGCGGCUUUGUGUACUUUUUGAAGAGCUGAGAGGAUUGGAAUAAAAAAAAAAGAGGUCUUUUGAUGGGUUUUUCGACUCUGACGUUCCUGUCCCUCUCCUCCCCUCCUCAAAAAAAAAUCGGCCUAUCAGGUUAGAUAUUCAGCUGGUUGUAAAAAAUUGCGUUGACAGCAAUCAUAAAAUAGCCAACAUUUCAAACUACUUAAACUGCCAUGAAUGACUGCAGCAAGUGCGUGCUUUUCUUUUCUAAAAACAUUCAAGAAAUUAUAGAUCGAACAGAUUGGUGAGGUAAUGUGUGAAAUCCUUUUUCCGGUAUCAGGUGACUGGACAUUUAUCGUAAAUGGCAGAAAGCGAUCGUACGUUCUCCAUGCAAAACUUCAGGAAGAGGCAAUCCGUUGGGCGAGUGAAAUUCAAGAGGUAAUUUAGAAAAUUCUCCAAUUGAUCUUCCGUAACUCUAAAUGUUUGAUUCACAAUUAUAUUUUAGUUAGUGGCGGUUGAUAUCUGUUUUCGUGGAUCUUACGGUCACGAUCUCCCUCUUGAGGUUAUCCUAAAAGACUAAUCCAUGUAUAUGUAUUCAACACUGGUUUCGAGUGUUAGUUAGGCUAGAGAAACGAAGUAGCCUCUCUCUCACUGUUUGGAUUUUCGUGCGAUUGUGAUAAGUUGGACAAACUCCAACCUACCACUAUUUUAUCAUCAUCCAAUGGCGACUCUUGGAAGCUGGUUACUCGCGAGUUCGCGCCCAAGGGGUUAUUAUAAAUAGGUUUUCCAUUUUUCUCCGUCCUCUAUAAUCUCCUUACACAUUGUGGAAACAUACCCAACUACACACCUGGCUCCGGUUUUUCGAAGAUUGGACAUCGCUAUCCACUGGAUAAAUCUCUAUCCGGUGGAUAACGCUAUACGUUUUGCUAUUACUUAUCCGCUGGAUAGCGAUUUAUCCGUUGGGUAGUGUUAUCCGCUCUUUAUACAACUGGGCCCUGAUGUCAUUUGUCCAGUUUCCGCAGGUCUUCUAGUCUUUAAUCUCCCUUCAAUAUUGAAUACCUUCACUAAUUACAUAUACCGUGUUGAAACUCUGUGACAGUAUUUGCACCAGUUUUGCAUAACGUUUGAUGUUUCUGGAUAUGUUAAUUGAUCGUCAUCAUUUGUGUCAUUGUAGUAAUUAUCAUUAUCAUUAUUAUUGUUGCUAAUGGACUUCUUUUUCAUGUAUACUUGUUCUUAUUAAAAAAAAAAUUUAGGUAAUAGAUUCUAAACCACCAGUUGAAACAGCUUUCGAGAAGUUGGUAUCAGAGUUAAAGGUAACUGUGUGAUAUUAACAAUCAAAUUAUAUUUAUUUUGAAUCGAUCAAUUUAUAGGAGUAGGGAGUAUUCAAUUGGAUUUUUCGUGACCCUAUUCGACUUUUAGUAUUUUUCCUUGGUAUAGGUCAUCAGUGAUAGAUGCUCAGGUACUUUACACACUGGACGACUAGUCGUAACGGCCAUUCACCUCUUAGAGAAAGUUUGAGAAAAACCUUGAGCCCAAGACAGAGUUUAUCAAUUUUAUGAAUUCCAUUGAUUCCUUCUGUUUGAAUUCGUGCAAUUUCAUACCGGAUCAAAGAUUAUCGCAAAAAUUAUCUCGGUUACACGAGGCGAAUCAGCGCUCUAGCUUCUCCGCGCCCUUACAUGUUUCGUUCCUACGGUUUUGUUUCAACUUUGUCUCUUGAAACUUGUUGCUAUAUUCCAUUUAACCCAAGUUUCGUUUUUCCUUUUUCUGCGUAAACAGAGCACAAUGACUGAGAGUGAAGCCGACCAAGUGUACCGCACUAACCCGGUGCUGAAGUAUUCCAAGAUACCACUCAAGGCUCCUCUACUACCCCUCCCCUAUGGACAAUCACAGUCCUCACGUGAGUGAAUGCUUUAUCUGCUUCACAAGGAGUCAUUUCGUAACACCAUCGUAUUAUUUUAAUGAUACUGAAUGCAAGCUUUUAUGAUAUUACGUUGAUGCUGAAUGUAAACUUCUAUAAUGUUUGAAAUGGUCCAAUAAGUAUACAGCUACGAAGCACUUCACUUUUAGCGAGCGCGGUGAACUAUCCAAACGGCGACAGGCGAGAGUAAAAAGUGAGUGGUCGCCUCUGCCACGUUUUAGAAACGUGACAGAAGCUCAUAAUCGCGUCUAAUUUUUUUUUUUUUUAACGAAUUAAGUGAUUGCUUAGAAGACCAACACCAGGUUUUGACUGUGGGUUCACCUAUAGACCAGUCACUUAGCAUACAAAAUUCAAAUUAGUUUCAGGCUUUGAGCGGACGUUGUUCUGCAAUGUACUCUACUUAUUUUUGAGGAGAGUGGAUAACAUGAGUAUCGGCUGGAAACUAUUGUUUAAAUUUUUUCCACUCACAGGAGCAAAGGGUAAAGGUUAUGGCACCUUCCAUGAAGAGGCUGUUGGAGUUUUUAGUUCACUGCUGGAACAAGAAUCCAUUGCAGAUCCUAUCCCAGUUAUUCAAGUACGAUUUCUAGCACCUUUGAAUUGAAUUUUUCUUAUCAAAUUGUGGUCUAAACCUGCUUUGGUCGUCACAUUUGGUAUCGAUACUGGAGCAUGAUCAGGGUACUAAUGUAGAAAACGACGAUGGUAACACAAAAAUUAGUGAAUGUUAUGAUGAUUAGUUUUGCGGCGAAAAGAAGCCGCUUGAAGACACGGAAGUGAUCUACGCUGGAACCACAGUCACUUAAGCCAUAAUCUCUGCAUAUUUUCUCUCUGUGUUUCAAGAAAUUUGUAUCUCACUGAGUGUUGGUUCUGAAGCUUGUCUCUAUGUCAUUUUGAAAUACUAUGUUAAGAAAAUAUUGUUAACGUCUUAUUUCGACCAGUAAUCUUGUUUGUUUGUGUUUUUGUCAUUUCUAGGGAAUCCUACAAACUUGCCAAGACUUGAAACCUCUAAGAGAUGAGGUUAGUCUUUGAUUCAGUGUCAAUCUUGUGAAUUUGAUAUUUUACAUCGGUUUUAAUUUUUUGAACCUCUCAUAAAACGUGGUUUUCCUUGUUGCUAGGUGUUCUGCCAGCUGAUCAAACAGACUACAAAUCACCCUACUCCUGACUCCAUUGGAAACCUCAGAAACAUGCAGGUACAGUACUGGACGACUAGCUCUAAACUCAACAAAAUUUCUUUUCGUGCAAGACGCUCGGCACUCUCGAUUCGUGCAGGAUGAGGGCGUUUGUCGCCUAUGAAGGUACAAUGCUGGUACAAUACUGGACGACUAGCUCUAAUUUCAACAAAAUUUAGUUUCGUACAAGACGUUCGGCAUUCUCGAUUUGUGCAGGAUGAAGGCGUUUGUCGCGUAUGAACCAAGUUCUCUCUCUUUAUCCGUGGCAAACUGCAUGCGACCGCAAAAUGGAAAAGGUUCGAGGUUUGAAUGGUCUUAAGGGAUUUAGAAUGUUUCUUUUUCGCUUGCUCGCGACAAACUUAGCCGCGUUUGACGUCUUCCUUAAAGUAGGUCUUGUCAUGAAUGAGAGCAUCCAAAAAUAAAAUCAGAACGGGCCUAGGUUUGAAUCGCUACAAUAGACUCGGAUAUUUUUUUCCUCUCUUUCCUCUCCUUAAUGUCCAACGCUCAUAACAUUAUUCUUCUAAGGGGUUUUUUUUAGUAGAGUUAUUGUAAAGUGUGUGAUGAGCUUUGAACUUGUCUUUUGCAGGUGCUGGUUUGUAUGUGCUGCACAUUCGUCCCAACCAGAAAGUACCUUCGAUACUUGAGAUUUCACUUGAAAAGGUAAGUUUACAAAGGGUAUUAUCGUUCUCUGGCCAAGUGGAGUCAACCAAACCUUUCCCAACCAAACAGGAUCAAUCGUGAUUUAAUUUAUGGCAUUCCUUUGAAGAAAAUAAGUUAUGGGCAAAAAAAGAAAAAAAUCAAUUGAAAGAGUAUAAAGAAGGGCAAUUCAAUUCUGGCACUCAAUAGUUUUCAUCUUAUGAUAGCAACAAUCUUAAUUCCCAUAUCGUGGAAAAUUCUUCAGAAUAUGGUAGCAAUUAUAAUUAUUCCAAAUUUCCACUCGUCUUUUUUGAUACAUUUUUCCCUCGUCCUUGUCAACACUUUCAUAGGAUAAAUUUUAAUUACAGGUUCGUUUCCCAGAUUGAAAAGAAUAUACUUAUUAUUUCUGAAAAAGAUGACUGUACUUGCCUCUUUUCUCUCCAGAAAUAGAGAUAAACAUCCCGAUACAGAAAUGGCCAAGUUUGCAGUGUUUGCCUUAGAAUGUAUCAAGAGAACCAGACCAAGGUAUGAGUCGCAAUUCCAUUAGGCUUUCGUUUCUGUUCUUAAGUUCCUUUAGUGAGAUUUGAUGUACAAUCUGUUGAAUUUGCAGUUUGAUUUGCUUUCACAUAGCUAUUUUGAUUUGUAUGUUUGCCACUUUUUGCACCAAAAUACAGAAUUUCAUUUUGUAAUUUUUUUCUUCUGUUUCUUUUUAUAUGUGAAUUACAGGGAAUUUCCUCCUUCAAGAGAAGAAAUAAUUUCUCUUCUGGUAAGUCUCGCCACAUUUUCUCACAUCAUAUUUGUUUUUAUUUGAAUAAAAUAAAAUCUUGCGAUGGUUUCUCGCUUGAGUAAAUAAACACCCAAAAGGUAAUAAUAACGCAAAAAAUGAAGAGGGUUUAAAGGUGGCGAAGAUGAAAACGGACUACAAAUGGCAAAUGGCAAAUGGCAAAUGAAGAUUACUUGCAAAUGACAAAACCAUCAGUGAAAUUGUUGUGAAUUGUUGAUGCUGAUGAUCCAAUUUUUUAAUCAUACUGCUCUUCAGGGCCGUCGAGAGCUCUCGGCUGUUGUUCACUGCUAUGGCGGAGGAUCAUGUAAGAUUACAAUCAACUCUGCCACUACAGCAGGAGAGGUAAUAAAAAAUUAUAAUAACUAGAGAGCCCAGCAGGAUAUUAUUGAUUUAAUAUUUAUCUUAGUUAGUACGUGCGCCAUGAUUGGUCAAUUGAGCGGACCGUAUUUGGGAGAUAGAGAUACCGCGGCGGUAUCUAUGCUGAAGUCUUUCUUCAUUUUGUCUGAAUACGCAUCGAUAACCCUUUCAUAGGUGGUUAACAUGUUAACUUAUCACUAUUACGAAUUUAUAUAUUAUCCAGCAAACAGGUACUGAGAGUAUUCAACUUAUCAGGUAGAAGUUGUUAUAUUGAUCUGAAACCAAAUUCUCGUCACCAAUUUACAAGGAAAUGUUUUACAGCUAGAGGGGAUAAUUAACAAUCAGUUCUUGUGAGUUAAUAGGUCAAAUAGAUCAUGAAUGUUUCGGUGCUUUUCUUGUUCUCACAGGUUGUCGAGAAGUUGUGCAAGGGCUUGAAUAUCCCACAGAGGUGUAACAUUUUCACUCUGUUCGAGCAGUGCGGCACGAUAGAGAAGAAUAUCGAAGACAGAACUGUGCUUGCAGACGUCUUGUCCAAGUUUGAAAAGUAAUUUUGAUAUAAUCUCACGUAGUGCAGUAGAAGAAUGCAGAGUAGGCGUAACUUUGGUUAUUUCUAAAUUGAGAUUUUAUGCAAGGUUUCAUUUGCGUGGGAAUGACAUAUCAUUUUUUAUAUCAAAUACAGUGUUUCAACCUCCGUUUGGAGGGGUUGAGCCUCAAAGAGUGAGCCUCAAAGAUAGUUGUGGUGAACGCCUCUUUUGACCCCAUGUUCUUCAAAGGCGUUGUAAAAUUUCAUUUCAUCAGUAGAAAAACACAUCAUUGAAGAUAAGAUCAUCAUUGUAAUAUGCACAACAUGUACAAAUAAAGGCCGAAAAAAAAUUGGAAAUCCAACGGGAUUCGAACUCAUUUCCAAGAAGAAACAGUUGAUUCAGUGACGAAGUUCUUAAUGCAUGGACUGUAAUUUUUGACCUGAAAGAGUUUACAAUGGAAUCUGACUUGAUUUCGUGUUUCAGGUACAAGGCAUUAGGUCUGACCGAAGCAGGCUAUUCAUGGAAGCUUUUCUUUAAGAUUUUUUGCUACCUUCAACCCGAACUGGUGGAAGUGGACACUAUUGAAUAUGGAUUUCUUUAUGAACAGGUUUGUUCGAUCAAAACACUUUGAGAGUUUUUAAAAGGACUUCAGCGUAAUAAACUGGUUUAGUCAGUAUUAUCAAAACUUUUUAAAAGUUGUCAACAAACUAGCAGAUGAUAAGUUUUACUGUUUUGUAACUUUACAUUCAGACAACGGGCUUCAUAUCUAAAAUGUAACAUCUCAUUUUUACCUUUAGGCUUGUGACUCGAUCAUACUUGGUAAAUACCCUGCUCCGGAUACCACUUUGUACCUUCUCGCUGCCUUACGGCUUCAGUUCAAUGAAGGAGACUAUAACACUGGUGCUUGGGUGUAAGUAACACUCAUCUUUGAAGGAGGAAAAAUUGAAUUAAAAAAAAAGUUGGCUAAUUUUCUGCUUUGGAAAGUCUUGUUUUUGUUUUUCUCUAUGUGUAUGAAUUUGUUUAUUUGUUUGUUGUCAGGAAAGUCAUGUUUUUGGUUUUAUUUUUGUUGGUUUGCUGAUGUUUAUAUUCAGAUACAAUAACCUUCCUUUCACGUUCUCUACUUCUUUUUCUUAUUAAUAAAUUUAUUUAUUUGUUUACUUGCUUGUGGUAUCUAGUUUAUUUGCUCUCUAUUUUUGUUAUGUUCACUAAAUCUUUCUGUUCAUGUUGUCUGUACUUGUGAUCUGAAGAACUCAAGUUGUUUCUUGCAGUUGCCGUUAUUGAUGUUGUCAUUAAACCUUUUUGUUUGGCUUUAGAUCUGAUCUGAACUCGGUUUAUCCUCCUGGGAAACUGAAACAGAAAGUAAAGACGGAAAACAGUGGCAUCACAAGAGAAAGACACUUCAGCAUCAAGGUAAAGAUGGAGAACUGAUUUCUUGUAAUAAUUUCUUAAAAAAUGGCAAAUAGGCAAGUGAUGUUAGUAAAGCAAUUUUAAAUUGUAAUCCCAAAAUCGUAAAGGAAAAUUUUUCCUUUUAUGUCCAUGAGAUUCUCCGAAAACAGAAAGGCGACGUUUGCCGUAGAAGGGGUUUUAAGUGCACAAAGAAUAACUGCGUCGAUCGCUUCUUGGUUUUUUCUUGAAGAAACGCAAUUUUCAUAACUGUGUACAACUGUACGUUGAAUACGAAACGAUCAGAUACUUUGGUAGUUAAGUAAACUUUGGACUGUUAUGUAAGUUGUAGAAUCAUUCCUUUGUCUUUUAGAAUGAUGAUAAGGCCAAAUUUUGACCAUCCCUCCUUUCACUCUCAAUAACCUGCUUUCUUUGUAAUUCUUCAUAACAGGGAACAAUAAGGAAAGCCGUCUCUCCUUUCCGAUCAGGUAAGUUGAGCCCACAAUUUUCAGCUGUUAUGUUGCUAAGUAACAAUGGCACAUACAUAUAGCGAUGAACACUUCUGAUGCAGCCUCAUUCAAUUUGACGGCUCUCUUGCGUCUGUAAUAGUUUAAUCUUAUGUCAGUGUAGCGGCAAGUUCUUUUAUUUUCUUCCUUCACACUCUUUGUAGCUGGUGGACCAGAAAAUGGCGAGGAAGAUAGCAAGAAAGCCACUGAAGAAGAGCUUUCGUUUAUAAAGAGUUCUAUAUGUGAACAGUGGAAAAAACUUGCUGUAAGUAUUCGAAGAAACCGAUGAAAAUGCAAACUUGCAAACUCCUGUUUAAAUCAAACGCAAAUGAAGAGAUUAUUGAACUAUCUUACUUCAUCAGGGCAUGGAUCAAGAACAAGCUCAGAAACAGUACAUGGAAAUACUAAGAAGUUGGCCUGGUUAUGGUUCCACCCUGUUUGACGUGGAGGUAAGUAACCAAAUAGUUCUCUUUGCUUGAGGCCAACGAUUACACGAGAUGUUGAAAAUAAACGGCUAGAAAAAGCUUUUUCUCUACAAAAAUGAAAACAAAAUAGUUGGCUAAAAGUUAGAUAGUGUUGGGCCGAAUAUAAGAAAAUGUUGGUUUGUUUGAUUGUUUGCGUCUUUGUCUGUGUUUGCAGGAACAAAGUGGAAAUUCUCGAGCGGUUAUCCAGUCACCGCGUGUUGUGCUUACCGUUGAAAUUACUUUCACGAAGUGUUCAUGUUUUCCUUUAAGACCCCUAUACCGGUCCAGUCUCCUGGAUCAUAAAUUUUUACUGACGGAACAGCAGUAAUACUGACAUCGAUGUUCUUGUAUUGCAGACGAAAGACCCAGGCUUUCCUCCCGAACUCUGGCUGGGUGUGAGUUUCAAGGGCGUGGGUUUCUACAAGCGAGGAGACGUCAGACCACAGUGUCAAUUCAGUUAUGAAAAGUAAGUUUCAUUUGGCACUCAUGACGAAUCUCAAACCAUUUCGCCUCGUUUUCAAACAAGUUCAGACAUUAACAGAAUGAGCACUAAGGCGACAAUGAUCGAAAUAAAGUAAGAUUCCGUCAAGUUAGCUGCCGUGGACUGGCGUGUCGCCCGAAUUAAACAGCAUCAGCACUCAAGAAGUGUCACUGUUAAGGCGAUAUUUUGAUAUGUUGGAUGAGAUUUUAAGACCAGCGGGUACCUACACAGGCGUCAGCGGUAGUAACACCAAGUAUAGACUGCCAUGCAGAUGAAGACUAAUAAAGCUGUUUGCUUUCCAUGGCUGCUAACUUUAUGGCUUUCCUUUCUUUUAGUUUUGUAUGUUUUUUGUCGCUCUCUUCAAUUCUGACCUUAAUGAAUAUUAUUCGGCCUGUGCAUACCAUUUACAAUAUCAUUGUUACAUUUCGGUUUUUCCCUACUCUUCUUUCAUGCUGCAAGCGUCUCCUAUGUGCUUUACAACAGGACAUAACUGCUAAUGAUCCUUCAGUCGAUAAUCUGAUUGGAUACGUAACUUUUAAUUUACUGAUCCCCUCUUUUUUUUUCGUUCACAGUAUUUUAUCAUUUGGAGCUCCGGCUGCCAACAAGUAUAAGAUCAUCGUUGACGGGAGAGAACCCAUGUUGUUUGAAACAUCUCAGGUAUUAUGCCGUUUAUUUACUAUUGACUUAGAUAAAGGACUCGUGUCACGAUAUUUUCAGUCAUCUUUUGUGGCCUGCACAGCUUACGUCAAACUUUUCCUUUACGGUCACCCUGGCAACAGAGCAGCCGUCGUAGUGAGUUGAUUGGUAUGGGUAGGCAGUGGAGUAAAACGAUACAGUGAACCCAUCAAUUAGUGGAAAGUUCACGUUUAGUUGUACAGACAGUUGAUCUCCUUUUAGGUAAAUGAGAGCAGUCCAAGGUUGUCCUCUUGAGCAAGGUGUUACGAAUUUUACAUUACCGUUUCGCGGUCAUGCCUUUGUGAAGAUGUUGUUGUUGUUGUUUUUCAUUUGGGAUGCGCUUUAGCAGCAUUUGCCUUUUAAGAUGGCUGUCGACUAGCGGUUAAAAUGAAAGCGGCUUGACCAACCUUCCGCAGGGAAGAAAAUCGUCAAUGGGGGGAGGUGGUAGUUGAAGAGAGGUUGCCGUUGUAAUGAGAUAGCCGCUUGUGGAGGAUUGACUAUAAUUUUUUAAGUUAAUGGAAACUAUAAAACGCUAGUCUGUUAAUGAAAAGAAGAGAGCAGCUUUAAUGAACCAAGAAAGAACCAUGAUGACCAAGGACAACGAAGAUUAGAAGGGACUGGAAAUGUAGAACAAAAGAAAAUUAUUCUUAAUUUUGCGCAAUCUAAGACCUAGGUCUUGUAAUUGAUAUUAAAUUAUUUAAUAAUUUAAUGUUAAUAAUGACCAUAAUUCCGUUAUACCCACAGGUUAUCGAGAUUGCCAAACUGAUGAAAGCAUACAUUAAUCAAAUUGUCAAACUACGCAGAUCAAGCUACUUCAGUCAAGCGUCAGAAGCCUCGGACUCCUAGUUUUGAAAACUGAUGCGAGUGUGAAAAGCUGUUACCAUACGGUUUUUUUCCUUUUUUUCUUUCUUUUUCUUCAAAAAUAUCAUCAGCUCUUAAGUCUCACCAAACGGCUCAAUUUUGAAUAUAUUGGCGGGGGAAGUUGUAUAGAGUGCAACAGGUUCUUUGGGUUUAAGGGUUAGAAACAAGUUAUAGUCCAAGUAAAUGCUCCAUAAACCAGCUGCAGUAUGAUUGCAGCAUCAAAGCCGGAAACUCUUCAUCUCUCUUUCAUUACUUUUCCUUCAGUAAUUUUCGUCAGUUCAGGUCGUUGCUAGAGCAGUAGAACGUUGUACCAGACAUUAUCCAAUUCAACCCAAUUUACUUGAUAUAAAAUCCCUUUACUUCCACUUGGUUUAGUAAUACACACACCUAUUGCUACUGCUUCCCAAGUAUCAGAAGUGAUCAAUCAGUUUUCUUAUUUGGCUUAUAACUUAAUCCGUUGCUAAGCAAACAAUUUAACAUAUCAAUGGUUUUUUAAAGUAAGAUAAUUAAAGAGCUUACAUAUAUAAAUGCUCAGAUCUUCUAGUACAGUAAUUUAAAAUAGCAAUCCUUGAGAAUUGAUAUUUUAGAGUCCUAACUGAAAUCUUGCAAAGGAAUAUGGGGACGAAAGUAAAUAAAUUUGUCUGAAAAUAAAGUGUAAGCACUUGGAGUAUUUUCCAAGUUAAUACUCAAAUUUUAUAUGGACUCAUAUAAAAGAAAAAAAUAUUUUUGUCAGGGGGAAAAUAUCUAAUUUGUCCAUCAUGGGAUGCAUAGCUCAUUUGAGCGUUUAAUUGUAAUUGAAUAUUUGUGAAGUAAGUUUAUUACAAUGUAAGUGAAGCUAACAAUGUGCCUCAUGUAUAAUUUUAUACACUAGUCAUAAUAGAUAUUAUGUUUUGAUAACAAAAUUGAGUAUAAUCCACAUUCUUUGCAAUGUGAAUGUGAAAAUUGCAUGAUGAAAGAGUAAUAUUCCUUUGAAUUUCAUCAGUGUCAAAAAAUUGUCGUAAUGCCAUGUGUAAUCAAGAAAACAACUGUUGUCAAGUCUGCAUGCCUUUUCCAUUAGCCAAACUGAUUUAAGUAACAUUCGCGCAUGAAGUCCUCAAUCACUUGCAUGGCAAUCAUCCAAUCUUAUCCCAGAGGGUGCAAUUGUUUUGACAAAAACAAGAAAAUUGUGAAGUCUGGGGAAUGAAAGAUUGCAGAUGAGCAUCACAGUGACAACAGUAAAGUUUUCCUUCAAUGGGAAGUUUGCUUUAGAAUAAGGAAUGAAGAAUUCAUGGUGAGCCACUUUCAUAGAUGCUGUAGUUCCUAAUUUAUAAAGAAAGGGAGGCAGUAGUGAUAUUAGAUAAACUAGAUAGCAUGUUAAUUUCCAUAACAAUUGUUAAAAUUGCAAUUGAUGCACUUUUUUUACCUUACUAUUUAAUUCAAAUUGCUUUGUGAACAGUUUUAUAAAGGAAUAAAUGUGACAAGAAACUUUACUGGAUGGUUUUCCAUUGUAAGUGUGCAAUCCCUGUUACAAUUCUCCUCAUUGAAACUAAGACAAGUGCUGUGACUAAUCUGAAAAUUGAGCUACCAGAAAACGAAAGGCAUGAUUUUCUUUUUCUGAAAAUUUGAAUAGAAAAUGUCAGGGAAAAUCUUGUAAAGAAUGUCAUACACACUGAUACUUUCACCCCUCAGGAUUUUGCAUGCCCUGAAAGCUGAUAUUAUUAUAAUGAGAUUGUUAUUACUUGGUUGGGUGUUGUGGUGCACUUUAAGGGAGACUUUGAAGGGCUGAAAUGAAAAGGGACAAGCAAACAAUUGUACAAUGAAAGCAGCAAACAGUAAAUACAAUUGACUAAAGUACAAAUGAACUUUGAAUAAGCUCUGAAUUCCCUUUCAUGUCUUUCACAGUUAUUCUAUACUUAGAGAGCAAGAUUUUGUAAUUUCUAGCCAGCUUUGCCUGAUG